AUGGCCGACCGCGAAACUUCACCUACUCUCAUGGCUUCCUCAGCGCAGCGCAAGCCACAAAUGUCUAUCACGCUGCCUCGCAACUUCGCUCCUCUACGACUCGAUGCCGGGGACGAUCCUAAAACACCGGACCAGACUUUCGCAGAGCUCAAACUACCGCCUCCGCCCCGUCAUUCUACGUGUCGCAUUCGACGCACAAGGAUCGACAUGGAUGGUUUCCAGACGCGCAACAACGCUCUACCGGCCACCCUCUUCGCUUCAGACAUUCCUAUACCUUCCAGCGCCCGAUCCAUUCGAACGCAAUUCGAUUUGGAUGCAGACAUCCCAUUGCCGUCGGUUGAAACCUUCCCUGCGCAGUCAAGACCACCCUAUACCCAUAGCCUUACAGACCCCUCGCCUAGUACGCGACUCACGCUAUCAGCGCUGCAAGAAUCACAGCUUCCACGGACCCCGGUGGCCCAGACGAAGGUGGUUGCAGCCGAAUACAAGGACAGUACAUGGGAUAUGCAUCGCUCGUCCUCCGAAUGUUCCAUCCGUUCCGACUCAUCUCAAUCGUCAUCCGAAACCUUUACUACCCGACCAACAUCCUUUGAUGGCAGCGCCACGAGUCCCGACCUCGACUUGCAGGAUCCGUUCUGUCUGACCAAGGUCAACAUCAUCCCGGACACUCCGUCAAGAACAAGCAAGAAGCUACGAAUCAACCCACUCAUGUCGAAAGCGAAUGUUCGGUGGAGUAUUGAAAUGGACAAUCAUCUCUUCAACGUAUAUCAGAUGUAUCUGGCAGACCCGACGGUGACCCCCUUCAAGACGGUGCCUGGCAGCAUUCCACCCACCGGAGUCUGCCAUCGAGUUGCUAGAAGAGCCAAAGAAACGUGGCCCAGGGCGAGCAGGAUCUCGAAGCCCAUCAUCCGGAGAUACAAAAUGCGCAAUGUCAUCGAAAAUCGCAACUUCGUCAGAGACAAGACUCCCGAACCCAAUGACUUCCUGCGGACUGACCACAGCGAGGGUGCAAGGGCUUCCUGGCCGUCAGAAUCCGCCACGAGAAGGCGUCUGAAACAAUUAUGCAAGGAGAAAUUCACCAUCACUGCGCACUAUCAAAGACUUCGCGAGUCUAGGAGUCCUUCCCCAUUCUACGAGCAGUUCACCAGGCGACCGUCCCGGUCGCCGUCCAUGUCCCGACAAGCUGACCCUGAAGCAAGCACAACAUACGCCACCCGAGAACUUGGUAUUUCCCUUGUUGCCAGUGGAGCAACGGCGCCCUUGGCUCAACUUGUGACGGGCGUGUCACCGCCUACUCAGCAAAUGUCGGACGAUUGGUUCAACACCCCUAUCAACCACUCGGACGCUAUGGCCGUCUCAACUCCUGCAGGUCUAGGAAUUCAGACCCAGGCCGACAAGCUAAAGGUAGCGAGCAAUAUUCCGCGCCUCGCAUCGCCGUUCAACUACAGCACUUGGAAUGGAUCCAGUAAUGCCAAUCCUAAGCACCGCCGACACAUUACCCAUCACCAGUUCGAAACCAUUCAUGCAACGGGUUCGAGAUUACUUUCGCCGUUCAAGUUAGAAACAGACGCUUCUUUUAAUAACAAGCGACGUGCGCAGCAUAAUCUGGAGGAUGAAUUGAGUCCCAGUGGGAGCAAUAUCAGUAACAAGCUCGGGGCGAAUCUCAACUUGGACAUCCCCACUCCGACCACGUUUGAGCCGCAGCAAGCCUCAGUUCGUCCAGAAUUGGUCUUCACGGGUGCCGGCGACAUCAGUCAGCGGCGAAUCCGUGUUCGGAAUAGAGGAGCUACAUUGGGCUCAGUAAACAGCAGAGACCACAUUGAGCGAUUGUUUACGCCUCCGACUUUGAACACACCUGGCACAGACGAUUCGAGCAUCCCUCCUGUGCCGGCGUUACCACCUUCUCUCACAGCACUGGCAGGUUCAAAUUCUACUACUGGUGUCUCCUCUGGACUUGCGCCUCCCGAGCCCGACUCGACGCAAAAACGGCUUGGAAGCCCUUUCGAGCUCGAUCCGUCUAGAAGAAGCUACCGCGCAAAGAAUUCGCGACAUGUGCCGAGCAUGAGUGACCCGUUUAUCAACACCAGCGCUUUUGCUUCGGCCACGCCCAGUCAUGGACAUACCAGUAGUAUGAGCAUCGGAGAGAGGUUGGCCACGUUCGAUCCUUUUCACCCAAGCCAUUUUCAGAGACGGGCGUCGUCUUCAGCGCCGACAGACGAUCCUUUCACCUGA